AUGCUGCGCCAGGUGACUACAACGAAGGGUUCCUCUCCAGAGACGACGGUCGAGAGCAGCUGGCGUGAUUGUAUCGAGGUAGGGGAGGAGCUAGGGCAGGAGGAGCUACGAAGCGUGUGGAUGGCUGCAGGCGCUCCGGUUCCUCUCCUGACCCCGUUGGAAGCUUCCAGGAACACCCAGCUGGAUAACGCCACCUGGAGCUUUGUACCGGCUCGCAGCGCUUUAAUAGGCGACGUGACAAGCACCGACUUGCUACGGCAGGCGCGUGGUUUCUGGUGGGAUGAGGAGGACGGGGAGGCGAUUCCACGUGGCAGCACCAGAUUAGUCCGUUCAGCGUCUGUAGCUUCUGAGAGGACGAGCAACGCAAUGCUGACCGACGAUUGGUCGUCGGCGUUGCCUGAAACGUCGCCGAGACAGGUUGGCGACAGCACACUGUCUGCUCUUAGCGAAGGUGACUUAAGCGAGAGGGAAGCAAGCGGGGACAGCAGCGAUGGUGAUAGUACCGAGGCAACCAGUCAACUAAAGCCGCGUAGUGUGCGAACCUUAGUUAAGUCCAGGCGGAAAGGAAUGCGCAUGGAGCAGAGGGAGAAGGCGAGAUUAAAGAGGCACGCCAACCGGUCCUCAUCCCCCAACUCGUCACUAGACUCUCUCCUCCUACUCACUCCCUCCCGGUCCGCCGCGAAACCCGCGAAACGAUCAGCGAAAGCCCCGGCGAAAGAGUUACCAGAAGCCGGCGAAGAGAAGGAGUUGACGUUGGAGGAGUUUCGCCGAGUGUCGAACGACCCGAUCUUCGCCAUGUUCGAAUCUGCGGGUGGUAAUUCGCGUCUCCUCACAGCCGCGGAAGAAAUAGAAUACUCCAAGGGCGUUCAGGAGCUCCUGAAGCUCGAGCGAGCUCGAGACGCGGCGGAGAAGGCGCAGGGGCGCGCGGUGACGAUGGAGGAGUGGGCGGAGGCGGCGGGGUUGUCGGUGGCGGAGGUGCGGCGGCGGGAGGCGCGCGGACGCGAGUGCAAGAAGGCGAUGAUGGCGAGCAACAUGCGGCUGGUGAUCAGCGUCGCGAAGAAAUACUGCCGCGGGGGAGUCGGCCUGCAAGAGCUCAUCACGGAGGGGUGCAUGGGGCUGACGAAGGGCAUAGAGCGCUUCGACCACAAGCGGGGCUUUAAGUUCUCCACGUACGCGCACUGGUGGAUCCGCCAGGCCAUCACUCGCUCCGUCGCCGAGCAGACCCGCACCGUGCGCCUCCCGGCCCACAUCUACGAGCUGCUAUCGCGCAUCGCCAAAGCAAGAGACCUGCUGUGGGAGCAGCUGGGGCGGCUGCCGUCCGACAGCGAGCUGGCCGGCCUCGUGGGGCUCACCCCCGCCAAGCUAAGGGCGGCGGUGCGCAACGUGCGUGUGCCCUGCUCCAUGGACCGCCCAAUUUCCUCCGAUGGCGAAGACACUCUCGGGGCAUUUGUGGAGGACUUGACUUUGGAGUGCCCAGAGGAGCGUAUGAUGCAGCAGCUGCUGAAGCGCGACCUGCAGCAGGUACUGGGCACACUCACGCCCCGGGAGAGGGAGGUGAUGUGGCACCGCUACGGGCUAGACGACGGGCGUGCCAAGACCCUGGAGGAGCUUGGAGUGAUGUUCCGGGUGACCCGGGAAAGGAUUCGGCAGAUUGAGUCCAAGGCACUGUUGAAGCUGAGGCAGCCUGAGAGGGGAGGGGGAUUGAAGGGCUAUGUGGAUGGGUUGGCCACAGAAAUGGCUGCCCUCGCUAACGCUGCUGUUGCUCCGUCCACCUUCGUCGGCCAGAGCGCUGAGCUCGCCGCCAAGGUCAACAAUGUGGAGGCUCGCGUCUCCAUGAGGAAGACGGCCAAGGCCGCCCCCGCCAGCUCCUUCUACGGCCCCGACCGCCCCCAGUUCCUGGGCCCCUUCUCCUCCCCCCCGUCGUACCUCAACGGCGAGUAUGCCGGUGACUACGGGUGGGACACCGCGGGUCUGUCCGCCGACCCCGAGACGUUCGCCAAGAACCGCGAGCUGGAGGUGAUCCACGCCCGCUGGGCUCUUCUCGGCGCCCUGGGCUGCCUGACCCCCGAGCUCCUGGCGAACAACGGCGUUGAGUUCGGCGAGGCUGUGUGGUUCAAGGCCGGUGCUCAGAUCUUCUCCGAGGGUGGCCUCGACUACCUCGGCAACCCCGGCCUGAUCCACGCCCAGUCCAUCCUGGCCAUCUGGGCCACCCAGGUGAUCCUGAUGGGCGCCGUUGAGAGCUACCGCGUGGGUGGCCUCGAGGGCUUCCAGGAGGUUGAGGACCCCCUGUACCCCGGCGGUGCCUUCGACCCCCUGGGUCUGGCUGACGACCCCGACGCUCUCGCGGAGCUGAAGGUUAAGGAGCUGAAGAACGGCCGCCUCGCCAUGGUGUCGAUGUUCGGAUUCUUCGUCCAGGCCAUCGUGACCGGCAAGGGUCCCCUCGAGAACCUGUCCGACCACCUGGCUGACCCCACCGUGAACAACGCCUGGGCCUAUGCCACCAACUUCACCCCCGGCCAGUAA